CGAGCAGAGCUCCAUCGAUAAAUAAAGCCGUGCAAGUUACUUCCGCUGGUACUCUCUUCCCUCUUCCCUCUUCCAACUCUCCCCCUCUCCCUCUCCCUCUCCCGUCCACCGAUCGAUCGAUCCCUAGGCCCUUGCGCCGGAGCCAUGGCGGGGUCGAUCCGCGUCACCAUGGACGUCGGCGCCGACGGCGUCGCGCUCAUCACCAUCUUCAACCCGCCAGUCAAUGCGCUGCACCCCAUCAUCAUCCAGGGCCUCAAGGAGAAGUACGCGGAGGCCAUGGAUCGCGACGACGUCAAGGCCAUCGUGCUCACCGGUGCCGCGGGGAAAUUUUGCGGAGGCUUCGACAUCAAUGUCUUCACCAUAGUUCAGGAGACCGGAGACGUAUCGCAUCUGCCUGACGUAUCCGUUGAGCUCGUGUCAAAUACGAUGGAAGCGGGCAAAAAGCCUUCCGUCGCUGCCAUUCAGGGCCUUGCUCUCGGUGGUGGUCUAGAGCUCACCAUGGGUUGUCAUGCUCGGAUAGCUACCCCUGAAACUCAACUUGGAUUGCCAGAGCUAACUCUUGGAGUCAUGCCUGGAUUUGGAGGAACCCAGCGGCUACCGAGGCUUGUAGGUCUGCCCAAAGCAAUAGAAAUGAUGCUGCAAUCGAAGUUCAUUACCGCAAAGGAAGGCAAAGAACGUGGUCUUAUUGAUGCGCUUUGCUCCCCUGACGAGUUGAUAAAAGUGGCACGCUUUUGGGCUCUGGAGAUUGCAAAUUAUCGUAAACCUUGGACAAAAUCUCUUGACAGAACAGAUAAGCUUGGCUCACUGUCUGAAGCUCGUGCCGUGUUAAGUAUGGCAAGACAGCAAGCAAAGAAGGUUGCAGGAAACUUGCCACAGCACCAGGCCUGCCUAGAUGUUAUUGAAGAAGGUGUACUAUGUGGAGGCCAAGCUGGUGUACUGAAGGAAGCCAAUGUUUUCAAGGAGUUGGUACUAGCACCAACAGCAAGGUCACUUGUACAUGUAUUUUUUGCCCAACGUUCCACCACAAAGGUGCCAGGCGUCACUGAUAUUCAGCUCAAACCUAGGCAAAUAAGAAAAGUUGCUGUUAUUGGUGGUGGUCUCAUGGGCUCUGGAAUUGCAACAGCCCUUCUUGUCGGCAACAUAUCUGUUGUCCUCAAGGAAGUAAAUGCUCAAUUUCUGCAAAGGGGACAAAAAACAAUAGCGGGAAAUCUUGAAGGCCUUGUUAAAAGAGGCUCAUUGACCAAGGAUAAGAUGAACAAAGCGAUAUCACUUCUGAAGGGUGCACUGGAUUAUGAAGAUUUCAAGGAUGUUGAUAUGGUUAUUGAGGCUGUUAUAGAGAAGGUUCCAUUGAAGCAGUCCAUAUUUGCUGACCUCGAGAAAGUGUGCCCACCACAUUGCAUACUUGCAUCGAACACGUCCACCAUCGAUUUGAAUGUUGUCGGCGAGAAGACAAAUUCUCAAGAUAGAAUUAUAGGGGCACAUUUUUUCAGCCCUGCUCAUAUUAUGCCCUUGCUUGAAAUUGUCCGGACGGAGAAGACAUCACCACAAGCUAUACUUGAUCUCAUCACAGUUGGGAAAAUAAUAAAGAAAGUUCCGGUUGUGGUGGGCAACUGCACAGGCUUUGCAGUAAAUCGUACAUUUUUCCCUUACACACAAGGUGCUCAGCUUCUAGUUAGUCUUGGCAUUGAUCUUUUCAGAAUUGAUCGAUUGAUAAACAGCUUCGGCAUGCCAAUGGGACCUUUCCAACUCCAAGACGUCGCUGGAUAUGGAGUAGCCUUGGCAGUAAAGGAAAUCUAUGCAGCUGCCUUUGGAACACGGAAUUUUGAGUCUGGUCUAGUGGAUUUGAUGGCAGAGAAUGGGCGGCAGGGAAAGAUCAACGGAAAAGGUUAUUACAUUUAUGAGAAGGGUGCGAAGCCAAAGCCCGACCCUAGUAUUCAACCUGUGAUUGACGAGUACCGAAGACGUGCAAAGACAAUGCCGGGUGGAAAGCCUGUUACUUUAUCGGAUCAAGAUAUAUUGGAGAUGGUUUUCUUUCCAGUUGUUAAUGAGGCAUGCAGGGUCAUGGAUGAAAAUGUUGUGAUCAGGGCUUCCGAUCUUGAUAUUGCAUCUGUCCUUGGGAUGGGCUUUCCCAAGUACAGGGGUGGCCUCAUCUUCUGGGCUGAUACUGUCGGAGCAUCAUAUAUAUGUUCAAAGCUUAGCAAGUGGUCUGAAACUUAUGGUGACUUCUUCAAACCAUCUUCUUACUUGGAAGAGCGAGCAAAAAGCGGCAGGGCACUGGGUGCUCCACACGUGGCUCAGAAAGAUUCUACGAGGUCCCGCAUGUAAGGUGCCGUUGUUUAACACCUGGCAGAGUUGCUUGAACAGCAUCGAAACUGCUGUCGAGACAUAGGUGGGAAGUGUAGUCUCAGACAUCCCAUUAUGUUCACGUUUUCGUACUCGGGCUGCUAUGACAAUCAGAAUAAUUAAUGUGUAAGCAUACUUUUCUGAUUGUAAUUUCCAUGCCUCAUUAUUGUAACUGUAUGGUACUGUGAUUUCUGUCGCAAGUAGUAGAAUAAAUAAAAUCAAUAAAUAGUGAUGCGUUUGUCAAA